CCUUUCUUACUUCUUCAACCUUUUAUGACCCCAUGCAAUACGAGGGUGACACAGGGAUGUUUUACUGUAGUAGUGGAUUCUCCUAUAUUAAUAUAAAUGUCAAAAUUAUAUAAAAAGUUAUCACAGAAACCCCCUAUUAAAAUAAACAUAGAUAAAUUUGGUGUUCCAGCCUCUUGUUUUUUCAAGAUUUCCAUCACAGGACCGUACUAAUAGUCUCGUACUGUAUUAUAUUGUAAUAUCACCUCAUAAUAAGGCAAUCGUGAAUUUUUCAACCAAGGUGUUUCCUGAAUCUAACACAGGUCUAACAACUCAUCCGCUCAUCUUAGGAUAUGUGUCAAGCAUAUCACUCUUGAUGACAGAAUGUCUACAAGGAAUAUAAUCUCUUUUCUUAGCACUGUGAGUCUGUGCGUUGGCAUAUGAUCAUAUACAUCUCAUUGAUAUUUAACAUAUGUUCCUAUCAGGUAGUUUGUCUUUCUUUUCCAAAAAAAAUAAUCUUUUACGUCUGUGAUAAGUGUUUGUGUGGUCCUCCUCAGGCGCAAUAAAACCAAGUCCGUCCUCUUCCUCGGCAAGUUCUCGUCUCCUCAGUAGUUAUAACCAGGAGAGGAAGAUAUUCAAAUAAAAGCUUAAUCCUUUAAAUUUAGGAUUUACUUUCUGUGUUUUUGUCUGUUAUUGCACUGAAGUUAUAGAUGAAGCUAUCAAUUAAUGAAAAGUGUUUUUGAUCCAAAAAUGAUCUGUGUGUUGAUUUUGAAAAGAGUCGUUGUUCAUAUUUGAAAGGCACACGAUUAAUAUGAAUAAUAAUGAUAAGCUGUAGUUAUAGAGCACUUUUCAGAUUCUCAAUAAAAGUGACAAAGAUAAAUAAGACACUUUUUCAGAGUCAUCACACAAAGAGGUUGUGCAAACAUUUCCUCAUAAUUGUGUUUUGAGGAAAGAUGGCUAGCAGUCAGUGGCUUAUUGCCCAGUCAGGCGCCACGCCCACCCAUAUACUGUAUAUAUAUACUGGUGUACGUGUUCCUCUCCUGACGGCUCAACCUCCAGGUUCACAUUCUCCGCUUCCACAUCUUCUCAUCUCUCAGGACAACUGUACAUCCUCAGCCAUGGGCAACCACAGCGUCCACCAUAACUUCCAUGGCAACAACCCAGGCGUAGUACACUUCUCAAGCCCUGUCGACAUCCCAGACGAUGUGCCGCUGUACCGGACUCUGAGCCAUGCAAACCCAUCAGGGAAUAUGUUCUUGUCUCCGCUGAGCAUCAAUUCAGCUCUGGCUAUGGUCUACCUGGGAGCCAGAGGAGAAACAGCUUUUCAAAUGGAAAAGGUCCUGGCAUUCGAACCUGGUGAAGACGUCCAUGCUGCCUUCAAGAAGCUAAUCGCAGAAAUCAACUCACCAUCGGCAUCAUACAUUCUGAAAACAGCCAAUCGUUUAUAUGGGGAGAAAACCACAAAGUUCCUCCCUCCAUUCCUGGAAGCCAUAGGUAAGUACUACAAGGACAACCUGAAGACUGUGGAUUUCAUCGGGGCCGCGGAGGCGAGCAGAGGAGAGAUCAACACCUGGGUCGAGAAGCAGACAGAAAAUAAAAUAAAAGAUCUCCUGAAGGCAGUCUCUGAUGGUACGAGGCUGGCUCUGGUCAAUGCCAUCUACUUUAAGGGAAACUGGAUGUAUCGCUUUGAUGAAGCAAACACCAAAGAGAUGCCCUUUAAAGUCAGCCAGACUGUGAGCAAACCAGUCCAGAUGAUGUUCCAGAAGAAGAAUCUGCACUACAACUCCAUCGAUGGCCUGCAGAUCCUGGAGCUGCCAUAUGAGAAGGAGGAGCUCAGCAUGUUGAUCCUGUUGCCUGCCCAGUCCAAAGACGGAUCCGACCCUCUGCUGAAGCUGGAGGAGGAGCUGACGCUGGAGAUGCUGAAUGGAUUGACCGACAGGGAAAAUAUGUUAGUCCACUCGGACAUCCACGUUCACCUGCCAAAGUUCAAAAUGGAGGUGGAAUACAAGCUGAACGAGCCUCUGUCCGAGAUGGGCAUGACUGACGUGUUCUGCCCGUCAAAGGCCGACCUGUCUGGCAUGAACGACGGAAGAGAUCUCUUCCUGUCUACAGUGGUACACAAGGCCUUCGUGGAGGUGAAUGAGGAGGGCAAGGAGGCGGCUGCGGCAACACCAGCCGUGGUCCCUCAGGGUGGCCCUAACUUGAAGGAGGAACACUUCACAGCAGACCACCCCUUCCUCUUCUUCAUCAGGCACAAUAAAACCAAGUCCUUGCUCUUCCUCGGCAAGUUCUCGUCUCCUCAGUAGACAGAACCAGAAGAGCCAAAUAAAGGCUAAAUCCUUUAAUAUGGGCUUUAAAUUCUGGGGUUUAUGCUAAUUGGCUUGGUUUUUUUUUAAUUAAUAAAGACUAGUUUUGCUCCAACAA